AUGACAUACCCAGAUCCAAGAACAAAUUCCACAGAUUGCAAUGUCCCACAUGAGGGAACGUUAUGUGACCCGGACCAUAUUUUAACAGACACAUGGCGACAAACCAUUCUGGAGAAUAUUGAACAACACAUGGCUAAACUGGAAGAUGCAAAAAUUCACUAUACCGAAGAUGCGAGCCCGGAAUGCAGCUCAAAUAGCAGCGGAUCUGUGCAGAUAUUUUUGAUACUCGCUAAGAGAAUACAUGCUGCAAGCAACCAGAGUAUCACUACCAAUGAUUUGACUCAAUUCGGUCAUGGCAUCCGUGAAGCAUUCGGCUUGGAUAGUAUGCCUUGUAAAAACUAUGUACUUGUUCUUGGUGUCGAGUUGGCAAAAGAAAUUUAUGUAUGGACAGGAGCAGACCUUGCCAUUCCAAAAGAGGCUCUAGAUAAUGCACUGGCUCAGUACAAAAAAUUGUUCACUGAGAGAAAUUACAUGGAGGGGUUGAAUAAAAUUGUUGAUGAGAUUAGUUCGCUUCUCAUGGAUCCCUACAAGGAGUACUCUACAACAUUGGCUCCCGAACUGUCAACGGAAGACACUUCCGGAACAACUUUGGAAAUGUCUAGCCCAUCUAAUCAGACAGAAACCGUGAUUCCGACAUGGAUGUACGUAGUCAUCACACUUUGUGUCAUCAUCACCGUUCUCGUUGUUGUGUUUUUUGUUUUAUUUAUUAUCAAGUAUCUCAGAAGUCGUUCAAAAUCUGCUCAAAUCUACCCGAUAGAAUCAAAUCAAAAGACUGGACCAAUAUUUAAUGUGAUCCAAAAACAUGACAGCAAUGAUAAUGAAAACUAUCAACUGGAAAGAGGAAUAGUUAUGAAUAGAAGAUUUAGCAUUGAUUCUGAAAAUAGUCAUCAACCGAUAAGUGAGCACAGUGAAUGCACUGCAGAUGCAAGUUCAAUUAUAAGUGUCGAUAACACUGCAGUAGAAGUAGAACAUCACAAUGGUUUUGAGACAAUCCCACCAGAUACAAUGAUUAAUACUGCCAAGGUGACACUGGACGAUGGACAUCUCUCAACAGAUCGAGUGAUCGCCAGACGUAAUAGUGAUAUGCGAUUGGCUCCACCAUCAAUUGAAGACCAAUUUUCCUCUUUGUAG